AUGGACAUUUUUCGAAAACUUCUUCCUUCUCAAAAAGAUGCUGCUGCUGAAUCCUCGCAGCGCCAAAUUCGAAUUCCCCCCAGCAAAUGCACAGCCUCCAACUUCGUCUUCGCCAACACCCUCGGCACCGGGUCUUUUGGCCGCGUGUUUCUCGCGCGCCGCAAAGAUGACCCCACAUCUCCGCCCGUGGCUAUAAAGCGGCUGAAGAAGUUUGCUGUUAUAAGGCAGAAGCAAGUUGAUCACAUUUUGUCGGAAAAAAGAAUUCUCCAACUCAUCAACCACCCCUUCACUGUGAACAUGCUAGGCACCUUCAAAGACGACCACUACCUCUACAUUGUAAUGGAAUAUGUUAUAGGCGGGGAGUUCUUCACAGUUUUGCGGAAAAACAGAAGAUUCGAAAACGACGCCUCCAAGUUCUACGCGGCGCAAGUGACCACCAUAUUUGAGUACUUGCACGGCAGAAAUAUCAUCUACCGUGAUUUAAAGCCAGAGAACUUGCUGGUGGACUCCGAGGGAUAUUUGAAGUUGACGGACUUCGGCUUUGCCAAAGUGAUAGAGCACCGCACCUACACCCUCUGCGGCACUCCCGAGUACAUCGCGCCCGAAGUGCUGCUGAACAAAGGCCACGGAAAGCCCGUGGACUGGUGGACGAUGGGCAUUUUGAUUUACGAAAUGAUUGUUGGCUAUCCGCCUUUCUUCGACGACGAGCCCAUGGGGGUUUACCAAAAGAUUUUGGGGGGGAGAAUUAUGUUCCCCAAGUCCUUCGACAAGAACGCGAAGAUGCUGGUGAAGCGUUUGCUGACUCCGGACUUGGCGAAGCGUUACGGAAACUUAAAAAACGGAGUUGCAGAUAUAAAAGAACACAAGUGGUUUGCUGCUUUCGACUGGAACGCACUCAUCCACAAGCAGCUCCCGCCCCCCUACAAGCCCGCCUUCAAGGGACUUGAUGACACUUCGAACUUCGACAAUUAUCCCGAAUCCACAGAACAGCCUCCCCCCAUAACGGGGACUCUAGACCCUUUCACUUCUUGCGCCGCCUUGGCUGUAGAUGCAGCAGCCCUCAACUACAGCCCCGAAGAGCAGCAAUACAGCGAAACUUGUCUAGCAGCAAAGCUGCACAAGUGGCUGCUGCAGUUUGCAGAUCCGCCCAAGUUGCUGCUGCUGCUGCUGCUGGAGAAGCUCAUAGCCCGGGACUCCACCGCCGUCCCCCAGGCGCUGCAGGAUCCAGAGCUGUGGGGGCACUUGACGGAUGGAUUGGCUGCUGCAGUGAAGGCUGGGGAUGCAGCAGCAAAUGUUAUUCUUGGGAGCUUCUGUGCAGUGCUGCGAGCAGCAGAAGAAUCUGCUGCAGCAGCAGUUGCUUCCAGCUGCCUGCCCAAGGUGGCCAGGGCGCUGCGGCUGCUGCCGCCCACUGCAGCAGCUCUGCCGCUGCUGCUGGAGGCUGUGUCUGGGUGUUUCAGCUGCUGCGAGCUGCUGCAGCAGGCGCAGCACAACUCGCUGCUGCUGCUGCAGCUGGGGCAAACGUUUCAGGCCGUAUUUGCCUCCGCAGCAGCUCCAGCAACAGUGCAGGAAGCUGCGCUGCAGCUGCUGCAGCAGAUCUUAAGUCCUCUUUCGGAAAAUCUGAAACUUUUGUUCAUUGAAGAUGUCUGCAUUGUUGAUUGGCUUCUGGAGACUGUCCGAAACAACAGACCAGUGGCCCACGCGGCGGUCCAGUGCCUGCAGACGCACAUCUUCUGCUGCUGCUCUUUUCAGCAGCACCACUUCGACACAGCCUUCAGCAGCUUCCUCUGCAUUGCCCGGAAGCAGCAAGACCAGCUGUGGCUGCUGCACGCGGCGCUCUCGCUGCUGAAGUCGAAACCACAAAGCAGCAACCAGUGCAGCAAACUGCUUCAGGAGUGGGAAGCAGACGAAAAGAAGCUCGCGGCAGUCACUGGCCUGUGCGCUGCGAGCCUCUGCCGCCAGAGCAGCAAUAGCAGCAGCAGCAGCAGCAGCAGCCGUGUUCCCGAAGCGCCGCUGCUGCUGACGGAAAUCCGAAAGACACUUGAAGAGGGAAGCCGUUGUUCUCUCCAGCUGAACUCGGGAAUAAAUAAAGAACAAGUUUUGUGCUGCUUUCUUCUGGCCGAAAACACUUUCCGGGAGGUCCACUGGUCACCUGCAGACCGCGCCGCAGCCUUCAACAGCCUCGCCCAAAUGCUCUUAACUCUCGUGGAAGUUCAAAGUGGUUUCACUCAAGUGCGAACAAGCGCACAAGACGGCCAGUCGAUUCGAGAAUACGUUGCCUUGGGAAUGAAGAUGAGUUUCGUGUUCUACUUCAGCUGGAAACAUGCAUGCCCUGCUGCUGGCUGCAAACAAGCGGAGUUCAUCAACGGCGUUUUCCGUGCAGCUUUUGGACCCAGCGCAUCCCCAAGAGCCUCCGACAGAAUUUCGGAAGAAGCCAACCAGUUUAUAAAUGCUGCAAUUUAUUUAAUUAAAUUGGUUUUGAGCGGGGGAGUUCAAGAAGAAGGAGAAGCUCUCGACUGCGACGUCUGCGCGGGAAUUUCGGAAUUGGCGGCGCUCUCAGGAAGCCUGCUGCGCUCCGAAGGGCUCCAUUCAGUGGACUUCAAUCUCCUGCUGCACCCGCGCCCCGCUUUGCUGCUGCUGGGAGUCGUCUUGAGAAGCAGCAGCUUCUCGAGACACAGAGACGCGGCGCUGCAGCAGUUUUCGCGGGUGUGCAGCAGCACAAGUUUUUGUGAGUGGCGGGGGUGGAGCAGCGGCGCGUUUCAGCAGCAAAUGAGGCAGGCGCUCCUGAACCAAGUCUUUGCUGCAGAGGCCAGCAGCACAAUCUGGCAGCCAACUUCCAUCAGUUGGAUUCUUUCAAAAGUCCUCGAAGGGUCUUCUUUUAACUUUUGCUGCCGCUCCGAGGCUUUGCUGCAGCUCCUGGGGCGCUGCGUGGCAGCAGGGCUUGAGCUUUCUACCCCUGCUGCAGCAGCAGCAGCAGCACCAGCAGCAGCAGCGGCAGCAGCAGCAGCAGCAGCAGCAGCUAACGCGACUCUGGCUGCCCAGCCCCUCGCUGCGGACUUCCUCGCCGUGCUGCUGCAGUUCCUCUUCGUCUGCGUAGACGCAGCAGAAGCAAGAGCUCUCCACUCUCUGCGCUGCUCUGGGAAUCUCCUGAAGCUGCUGAGGAAAAGCCUGGGGGGCCCCACAGAGGGCAAAUCUGCUGCAGCAGCGGCUGCAGCAGCAGAUUUGCCUGCGUUGGCUCUGUGUGCCAUUUCGCUGCUGCUGCAGGUUGAGGAACAGACAGACGCAAUUCCCGAGCCGCUGCUGUUGCUGGCUUUGAAUCCUCUCAGCGAGCAUUUAAAUGAAGAUAAAAAUAAUUUAAAAAACAAAAAACAAAUAAAUGCAAAUGCGUACUUGGCGUUGAUGAGCCACGCAGAGGAAACUGUCCGCGCUGCUGCUUCUUUGCUGCUGUCCACCACGCUGUCGUACCAGAUUGGCAGCCUCCGGGACGCGGAGGUGGCGCAGCUGCUGGCGGGGUGUAUCGACAGCUCAUUGGCCUGCAACAAAGACAGCCACGCAGAUGCAGCAAUUCUGGCAAUUUGCUCGCUGGCUACUUGCGGCUCCAUUGCCCCUUUGCUGCGCUGCUGUUUACUGUCGACCACUUUUUCGCUGCUGCCUCUCUGCAACAAGUACAUUACCCCUGCUCCCAAGCAGCAGACACCAGCAGCAGCAGCAGCAGCAGCAGCAGCAGCGGCAGUGUGUCUCAGCAGAGGACCCCGCGCGUUGUUUGCAGCCAUCCUCUUCAAAUUAAGUCCAAUUUGGUUUAACACAGCAUUUCUUAGCAGCAAAGAGGUGCUCAGCGCUGCUGCAGCAGCUGCUGCAGACCCUGCUGCUGCUGCUUCUUCCCGGGCAGCUGCUUUGCUGCUGCUGCAGACUUUGAGGGGCUCUGAGGAGCCUGCGGGGCUCGUCUGCGGUGAACGUACACCUCAAAAUGGCCCGCAGGCCUUCCGCAGCGAAGCUGCAGCAGCAGCAGCAGCAGCAGCAGCAGCAGCUCGCGGCCAGAGCCCUCCCCGCCCCUUUUUUCCCCUAGUUCCUGCUGCUGCUGCAGCAGAAACAACUGCAGCAGCAGCAGUUAGAAAGACGACGGAGAGGCUCUUAGCUGCUGUAUUGGGGAGCAUCAGCAGCAGCAGCAGCCCCACAGCAGCAGCAGCAGCAGCAGCAGCAGCAGCAGAAGCCCCCAGUGCAGACGCGUGCACAGAUGCAUGCGCUGGAAGGGAAGGCGCAGCUGGGGGCUGCCACUGGUCAUGGACCAAUGGACCUUCUGCCUGA